CAGUUACUGCCUGGAACGAGAGAGACGGAGCUGUGAGCAGGAUGUCUGCAACCAAAGGGGUGAUGGAGAUCUAAGUUCCUGUCAGGGACCGACAGCGAGGGGAGAUGGAAAACGCAUCUCUGUGGAGGAGGUCCCUCAUGGAUAUCUUCAGUAAGGAGGAGACUUCACUCUCUGUGGCCCGCAGUAUGGAUAACCUGGAUACUCCCGGAGAUUUGCCGCGCUCCCAGACUCGGGGAAAGAGUGUGAAAAGGCCCUCCAUUGUAAAGGGUCACUUCCCGAGAUUGGCGGACUGUGCUCAUUUCCAUUAUGAAAACGUGGACCUGCAGAACAUCCAG